UCUCUCUCUCUCUCUCUCUCUCUCUCUCUCUCUCUCUCUCUCUCUCUCUCUCUCUCUCUCUCUCUCUCUCUCUCUCUCUCUCUCUCUCUGGCAUGGAUGUGGUUAACUGCUUAACACGGCUGGGUGGAUUUUAACACUGAGGUAGCAGGACAGCCCAACACACACACGAGCACCUGCUACCUCUUUUCCUCUACAUAUACAGACUUUUUUCACUUCGGACUUAUCGGAAGGCUGUAUGUGGAUGAAGUGGUGACAGAGUUUGUUUUGUUGGGGUUUUUUUGUGGCUCGGUGUUGGCUAAUACGCGGGGCUGUGGUCUGAUGAGACGUUUAUUUAUUUAUUUAUUUAUUUUUACGGCAGGAAAACUUUGGUAACUCGUAUAAUAAAGAAACACUGACCAGCCUCCGUCAAAUGGACAGAAACACGCCGUGUUUGGUAGUUUCUGAGUGGUCUGUGUGUGGUGGGAUUUAUGGAUAGCUUCGUCCGACGCCGCGGAAUGUAACGGCCAACACAAGCGCCUCAGCCGCCGGAGUUACCUGUAGUGAAGUCUCGGAAGGUUAACUCUGCUGUCAUUUCCAUGGAGACGAUCCGGGCCCUCCUCCCACUCCUCCUCCUCUUACUGAGUGUGUGUGCACACAGUUGUCAUGGCAACCUCCGCCCGACCCCCAGAGUGUAUCUGUCUUACAAAGAGCUGCUGGAAACGAGGACCAUCCGGCCAUUCAGCUUCUCCUUCAACACCAGCGACUACCGAAUCCUCCACAUGGACCAGGACCAGGGCCGCCUUUACCUGGGCAGCUGCGAAUAUAUAGUGUCCCUGGACAUGCAGAACAUCAACAAGGAGCCACUCAUUAUCCACUGGCCUGCUACUACCCAAAGAAAAGCGGAGUGCAAGAUGGCAGGAAAAGGAGGACAAGGAGAAUGUGCAAACUUUGUGCGACUGAUCGAGCCAUGGAACAGGACUCAUCUGUACACAUGUGGCACUGGAGCUUACAAGCCCAUCUGCACCUUCGUCAACAGAGGCUGGAGGGCUGAGGAAUAUCUCUUCCGACUGGUGCCUGGCUAUGUGGACUCUGGAAAGGGAAAAUGCCCCUAUGAUCCACGCCAAGAAAAUGCUGCCGUUCUAAUCAAUGGGAACCUGUAUGCUGGAGUACAUGUAGACUUCAUGGGCACAGAUCCAGCCAUAUUCAGGACUCUAGGAGACAGACCUGCUGUCAGGACAGAGCAGUACGACUCACGGUGGCUUAAUGAGCCCGUGUUUGUCAAAAUUCAGAAAAUUCCAGAUAGUACAGAGAAGAAUGAUGACAAGCUGUAUUUUUUCUUUCGGGAAAAGAGUUUGGAUGCAGCAGGAGGCAGCACCCCCAGUGUGUUGGCCAGAGUGGGCAGAGUUUGUCUGAAUGAUGAUGGGGGUCAAAGGUCACUGGUAAAUAAGUGGACAACUUUCCUGAAAGCACGUCUGGUCUGUUCUGUAAUUGGGAUAGAUGGAGUAGAGACAUAUUUUGAUGAACUAAGGGAUGUCUUCAUUCAGCGGACUAAUGAUGAACGCAAUCCUAUGGUGUACGCUCUGUUCUCCACUGCUGGGUCUGUGUUUAAAGGCUCAGCAGUGUGUGUGUAUUCCAUGUCUGACAUCAGAAAUGUCUUUAAUGGACCCUUUUCUCAUAAACAUGGGCACAAUUACCAGUGGACGCCUUACACUGGAAAGAUUCCUUAUCCGCGCCCCGGGACGUGUCCUGGAGGAACAUUUACUCCUGGAGUCCACAGCACCAAAGCCUUCUCUGACGAAGCUGUCAACUUUGUGCGCGCUCACCCUCUUAUGUAUCAUCCUAUAUACCCUACACACAAGCGCCCCCUGGUGGUGCGGACAGGUGUGGACUACCGCUUCACCACUAUCGCUGUGGACAUGGUGGAUGCUGUGGAUGGGAGAUAUGAGGUGCUCUUUCUGGGAACAGACAGAGGAACAGUCCAAAAGGUGAUUGUACUACCGAAAGAUACAAGCACAACCGAAGAGCUCAUUCUUGAAGAGGUGGAGAUUUUUAGGACACCUGCACCAGUGAGAACUCUGAAAAUUUCCUCUAAAAGGCAACAGCUGUACGUGUCAUCGGCACGAGGACUUACCCAGGUGUCUUUGCAUCGCUGUCCUGCGUAUGGUAAAGCCUGCUCAGACUGCUGCCUGGCCAGAGACCCCUACUGCGCCUGGGACGGAGAGAGCUGCUCUGCUUUCACCCCAGCCACCAAGAGGAGAAGCAGGAGACAGGAUAUCAAACAUGGCGACCCGUUACGUCAGUGCAGGGGCUUCAACUCUAAAGUAGAGAAGCGUCUGAAGGAAACGGUGCAGUUCGGAGUGGAGGGCAGCAGUGCAUUUCUGGAGUGCCAGCCCAGGUCUCCUCAAGCUACUGUGAAGUGGUUCUGUCAGAAAGAUGGCAAGCGUAAAGCGCUCAGUCGUGAUAAAGAUGUCCUGAAGACGGCUCAUGGCAUCCUGCUGAAAUCUCUUAGCCAAUCAGACUCUGGUGUCUACCACUGCCAGGCCACAGAGAACAACUUCAAGCACACGCUGGCCCGUGUGGCCCUGCGUAUUCUCGACCGUGAGAUUGUGGAGGCCCUUACGGCUCCAGACGGCCCCUCAGAUCCUGAGCGCCAUCACCAACACGACAAGCAGCAUCACCCACCUCCUCCUCCACCCCCACCUCAAACCCUGCCCCCACCAGGCCAGACACACUCACAGCCCGAGGUGACGCUCAUCAACCAGUACUGCCAGUCCUACUGGAAGCAGCCUCACAAGCCCAAGCGCACUAACCGCAGGCAUACAGAGAAACAGGACCCUGAGGAGCUGCUGGUGCAGUGAAUGUAUUGAGGAAAAAAUACUCACAAAGCCACUUUUUGGUUGCAUUCUGUGCAUUGUGUGAGCAGGCAGAAUCACUAAAAACUGUUUCUAAGCUUAAUGUCAUAUUCAUCCCCUGGGGCCAUGCACAAGGUCAAAACCAAUAGACUUAUUUUAUAAAUUGGGAAUUUUACACUGCAUGUUGGAUAUUGGGUAAGACGCAUGGUGCAGUAGCUUCAGCUCAGUUUUACUUUGGCUUGUCUAAAGUUACAAUACAUGUCUACAUGUUUGCAGUGCAGUGCAUUUUGAAAUAAUUUACAUACACUGACCUAGCAGUUUAGCACGUAUGCUACACCUACAUUGUACCUACGCACUUUGGUCACUGAUUAUCAGUCACAGCUGCCUGUAGUAAGUGUAUAUGUUCCAAAAGAAAAGAAAAGAAAACUGAUUCACACCAGCAUUAGUAUAUACGGAUUAGUCUCUUUUGUUAACCAUUGACAAUUUAAAGGAAAAUCAGUGUUCCAUAAACAUUGUAGUUGUGUAACUCUACUGCUUUGCAGUUCUUGUAUUUAAAGCUUGUUGUGUUGAGUCAGAUGAUUGUUAGUCCUCAGUGUGUGUGGAAAACAGCAGUGGAAAAAUACUGUGCAGGACUUCUAUAUGAUUCCACCCCCAUUCACGGCACAGCCGUCUGCUGAUUCAUCGAAAAGAAGCCUUUUUGGUCCUGUAUUGGGAUGUAAUUAUGACAUGCAUUAUGCUGACCAAUAUUUAUGUUAUCAAGACCAAGGGUGAUUUAUAAAUCAGGAUGUAUAAAGGUAGAUAUUGUAGUGUUCCUUUUCAGUCUUUGAUAGUAAGUACUCUUGAGCUAGUCUGCAUCAGACAAAUCACAGCUGCAAAUUUUGCAUUCAAGUGUGAUGAUGUGUUUAUUCGUAAUGAUUAAUAGCAAACAGUGUUUCUAACAUUUUUUUUGCAAUAGCUAAAGUCCCAAGUGGCAUUAUCACCAAGAAUUAUUACUCUAAAGGCUAAGAUCUACUAAUAGUGAGGAAACGACUAGGAUUUGGAGGUGGUUGAAGGUUUGCUGUUUUGAACAGGAAUGAUGAGAUACGUUUCUGCAAGAUAGAUGUAUGGACCAAAAUCUGCUCCAGCCUCCUGUCAUAGUAAGAAUGAUUAGCACACACACACAAAAAAGUAAAUACUGUAUAUAAAGCUGAGAAUGCUUUAAAAACUGGAGCACUAGCUCACACAAAAAAAUAAUGUUGAGAAUGAGUCAAACAGACUUUUAUGGCUGUUGUACAUUUGUGCUUAUGAAUGCGAGUAUAUAAUUCUAGGGGAAAAUAACAGUCUAAUUGUUUCUGUCCUGUGAAACAAAGUCGUGUACUGAGAAAGUAAUGUGGGACAACCAUGUAAGGUAUUUUCCUUGCAUAAUCAGGUCAUAUUUUGGUGGGAAUUUCUGUAACUUAUUGCAUCUUCCAGAUCACCGUAUUUGAACUUUGUAACACAAAAAUAGUAGUUCUUCAACUUUUGCACCUUUUGCAUAUAAGUGGUAGAUGUUUUCUGUGGUCAGCUGUGGUCUUGUGCUUGUGUAUAAAGGCAGAUCUUGUGCUUGCCUAUGUGUAUGAUUAUUACACAUGUACACUGAAGUGGUAGGUAUUUGAGUGUUUGUCAAGUUUUAACUCUAUUACUCUCUCUUUCUCUAUCUGUUUCUUUCUCUCUCUCUCCACACAACAUAUUUAUUUUGAGAAUGUACAUAUUCAUGGCCAUUGUGCUCUUUGGUGGUGGAAUAUGACUGGGAAUAGCAGAUUUUAUAUCAUGGUGUGUACUCACUAACAGGACCAGAAUAUACAGGCUCACAAAGAUGCUUGUAGCAAAAAGGUUUGUUUUUCUCCUCAGUUGUGAUAAGUGUCAGUCUUUUAGUCUAUUCUGUAAGCAUGUUGUGCUUUUUUUUGGCAGUAUGAUGAAUUCAGUGUGAGAAAUGAUUAGAUAAAGAUUUAAUGCAGUUCAAUUUGACAGAUUAAAAAAAAAAUGUAAUCUUGUCAUUUGACCGGAAGAAAUGAAAUAACAAUGUUGAAAUUCAUUUUGUAUGAAAAGUUUAGGGACAUGGACAAAACUCAAAACUUCUCAUUGUUUGUAUGUAUGUAUAUUUCAGCUGGAAAGCACAGAGAUGUCUGAGGGCUUGCACGAAAGUCCAAACUGUAAUAGUUUCCAGUCGUUUAAAUGUUAUUGUGGUUAAAGAUAUGGGCUUUUUACAGAAAAUGUGGUAUGCAAUACAGAUGAUUUUGGUUCUUCUUUAUCUUUGCUCAAGUGGCUGCAUAUUACAAUAAUUCUCUUAUGUAUUCACUGUGUUUUUGUUAGCUUAAGUUAAUGUGGUCAUUUGUAAUAAAUAAUAUUUUAUUAUGAUUAUAUUGUGAGGUUGGAAAUACUCAUAGAUGUUUUAUAAUCAUAACAAUAAACUGCUGUAUUUGUUCUUAUUUAA